AAGUCUCCGUGUUUACGAGUCAUCGUGAAACAUUGCCGCCAAAACGUUUUUCACAAGUGUGUAAAAUUCACAGACUGCAAGUAACAGAAAAGAGACGAAGAAUGACAGAAGGAAGAAAGGGAUAAAUAUGGAAAACUAAAUAUUUUCAUGAGUAAAAGUAACGACCUUCUUGUCAAUGGCAUCGCUGUGGUCAAAAAUCUCUCCAGUACUGCCUGCUAAUGAAGACCAGUUUCCACUGAAAUUCAGUGACAAAGUGGAGCUGAGUGUGGUGGAAAUGCUGCAACGGUCCAGGAAGCAGUUGUACGGAGACAUCACAAGUUCCAGCCGGUUGCUUAAUGCUCAGAUUAUUUUGGACAUUUCAUGGGAGAAGCUCAACACCGGAACAUGGCGGCACGUGGACAAGGAGUGGAGGCGCGUUUACUCAUAUGGCUGCCUCUUCAAAGUGGCGGCACUGUGUUGUGAAAGUCCUUCCGAAGACAAAAUCCUGGAGGCUGUUCGGACUUGUGACAUGGGUCUAAUCAUGGGCGCGGCCAUCAUGGGUGAUAUACUUCAAGUUAUUGUUCGGAUUCUGCAAAGUCACAUAAGGACAUUGAGCUCUACUAAAGAAGAGGAUGAGAGUGAACAUGCUGAGGUCAAGAGAAUAAAGAUUGAAAGCCCGCUUGUCUCUGCAAUCAAAGAAGAGUCGGCGGUUCUCAGGAUAAAGUGUCCUUCACUGGAAAGUUUCAAAACAAACUUCCUGCUCCCCCUCAAACCGGUGAUUUUAGAAGGAAUCAUCGACCAUUGGCCUGCUUUCAACAAACACCCCUGGAGCAUAGAAUACCUGAGGUCUGUGGCCGGCUGCCGGACUGUUCCUGUUGAGGUGGGAUCCAGGUACACUGAUGAGGAUUGGUCACAAACGCUGCUCACGGUCAAUGAAUUCAUUGAUAGAUAUGUUUUGAAUAAAGAUGGAGUGAAAGCUUUGGGUUAUUUGGCUCAGCACCAGCUUUUUGACCAGAUACCAGAGCUCAAGGAUGAUAUCCGCCUCCCUGAUUAUUGCUGUCUUGGUGAAGGCGACGAAGAGGAUAUUACUGUGAAUGCGUGGUUUGGUCCCGGGGGUACAGUCUCUCCUCUUCACCAAGAUCCUCAACAGAACUUUCUGGCGCAGGUAGUGGGAAGCAAAUACAUUCGCCUAUAUUCCCCCGAGGACACAGGCAAGCUGUACCCUCAUCAAUCACAGCUGCUUCACAAUACCAGUCAGGUGCAGGUGGAAAAUCCAGAUGCCGAGCGCUUCCCGGAGUUUGCCAAAGCUCCGUAUCUCGAAUGCGUGUUACAGCCUGGAGACGUUCUUUUCAUCCCUGUCCGACACUGGCACUACGUCCGCUCCUUAGAGCUCAGCUUCUCUGUCAGUUUCUGGUGGUCGUGAUUGCAAUUUCCAAAUAAAAAACCAUAUAGCAUGUAUGUAAUGAAA